AAAUACAAAUUUAUUUCAUGAGUGAUUGCAAGUUCAAAUAAAUAAUGUCAACUACGAUGAAUUGAAAGUGUUAUUAGUUUAUGUAACAAAAAUACGUAUUAUGUUGGCCAACGAGACAAACGAAUUUCCUGUUAAAAAAAAAUCAAAACUUUCACUCAAACUGAAUUUGUUAAAUACAACAUAUAAGUCAUCUAUUAAUAAUAAUAUUCUCUUACAAAGUAAUAACAUUUUAGAUGUGAAUAAAAUGACAAAUGCAGCUGUGAAUGUUGAAGUAGAUGAUAAUUUAGAUGAUUUUAUGUCACUGAAGAAGUUGAAACCCAUUCCUAAAAAAAUCAAACGAAGAAAUGUUAGGCCAUAUAGAUGUCCAGGAGACAAUAACUAUACUCAAGACAUACGUAUUGAUGCAUAUGAAAAAGCUAAAGCUGAUAAUAAUGAGUAUUGUUCAGAAGAUGAGUUUGUAAUUUUCAAAAAAAUGAAACAAAACAAAGAAAAGAAACCGUUGAUUGACAAAAGUGGCAGUUUAAAAAAGGAAACAAAAAAGUAUUGUGACAGGUCAAUGAAUUCUAUAGAAGCAAAGUUUAAAGAACCUGUUGUGCCAUUGGUUGCCAUUAAUAAAUUAAAUGAAGUAGACAACAACCCCAAAAGUAACAAGAGUCUUCGAAAAGAAUUAAAAAAUAUUAAAAUAAAUAAUAUUAUGAUUGAGGACUCUAGUACAUCUGAUGAUGAAGUUAUUCCCAACUCUCAAAAAAUUGUUCGUGAUAGCAUCUUGAGAGAGAAAAUCAUUAAUGAUCACAACAUAGAAGCUAAGAGAUUGAUAAGAAUAAAAAAUGAAAAUUCAGAUUUAAAAAGCUUAAUGCAGAUUAGUAUGUUUUGGAAUUCUCAUCACAGUAUUCAACUAAUUUAUUCAGAGCAACACACAGAAAAAGGAACAGUUUAUCAUAUACCAAAACAAGAUUGUGUACUAAUGACAGUUUUAGACCCAAAUCAGGACACUACAAAUAUUUCAAAUAUAGAAAAUUGCAAAGUACCUGUAAAAAUAAACAAUGAAAGUUUGAAUAAGAAUAAUACUCAUACCAUUUUGCGGAAUAACAAUGCCCUUCAGCAAGAAAAUAUUCAUUUUCCAAUUCUAGACAGCUCAAUAAACUUUCAAGAUGCCCCUGAAAGUGAUAUAAAAAAUCAAAAUGUAGAUUUAGCUGCAGAACAGUGUAAUGUACAAAUAAGUGAAAUAAGAAAAUUAGAAGUGGUUGAAGAACCCUUACAAUCAGGCAUGAGUGAAAUUCAACGAAAAGAAAAAGGAACAGUUUAUAAUAUAUCAAAACAAGAUUGUGCACCAAUGACAGUUUUAGAUCCAAAUCAGGACACUACAAAUAUUUCAAAUAUAGAAAAUUGCAAAGUACCUGUAAAAAUAAACAAUGAAAGUUUGAAUAAGAAUAAUACUCAUACCAUUUUGCGGAAUAACAAUGCCCUUCAGCAAGAAAAUAUUCAUUUUCCAAUUCUAGACAGCUCAAUAAACUUUCAAGAUGCCCCUGAAAGUGAUAUAAAAAAUCAAAAUGUAGAUUUAGCUGCGGAACAGUGUAAUGUACAAAUAAGUGAAAUAAGAAAAUUAGAAGUGGUUGAAGAACCCUUACAAUCAGGCAUGAGUGAAAUUCAACGAAAAGAAAAAGGAACAGUUUAUAAUAUAUCAAAACAAGAUUGUGCACCAAUGACAGUUUUAGAUCCAAAUCAGGACACUACAAAUAUUUCAAAUAUAGAAAAUUGCAAAGUACCUGUAAAAAUAAACAAUGAAAGUUUGAAUAAGAAUAAUACUCAUACCAUUUUGCGGAAUAACAAUGCCCUUCAGCAAGAAAAUAUUCAUUUUCCAAUUCUAGACAGCUCAAUAAACUUUCAAGAUGCCCCUGAAAGUGAUAUAAAAAAUCAAAAUGUAGAUUUAGCUGCGGAACAGUGUAAUGUACAAAUAAGUGAAAUAAGAAAAUUAGAAGUGGUUGAAGAACCCUUACAAUCAGGCAUGAGUGAAAUUCAACGAAAAGAAAAAGGAACGGUUUAUAAUAUAUCAAAACAAGAUUGUGCACCAAUGACAGUUUUAGAUCCAAAUCAGGACACUACAAAUAUUUCAAAUAUAGAAAAUUGCAAAGUACCUGUAAAAAUAAACAAUGAAAGUUUGAAUAAGAAUAAUACUCAUACCAUUUUGCGGAAUAACAAUGCCCUUCAGCAAGAAAAUAUUCAUUUUCCAAUUCUAGACAGCUCAAUAAACUUUCAAGAUGCCCCUGAAAGUGAUAUAAAAAAUCAAAAUGUAGAUUUAGCUGCGGAACAGUGUAAUGUACAAAUAAGUGAAAUAAGAAAAUUAGAAGUGGUUGAAGAACCCUUACAAUCAGGCAUGAGUGAAAUUCAACGAAAAGAAAAAGGAACGGUUUAUAAUAUAUCAAAACAAGAUUGUGCACCAAUGACAGUUUUAGAUCCAAAUCAGGACACUACAAAUAUUUCAAAUAUAGAAAAUUGCAAAGUACCUGUAAAAAUAAACAAUGAAAGUUUGAAUAAGAAUAAUACUCAUACCAUUUUGCGGAAUAACAAUGCCCUUCAGCAAGAAAAUAUUCAUUUUCCAAUUCUAGACAGCUCAAUAAACUUUCAAGAUGCCCCUGAAAGUGAUAUAAAAAAUCAAAAUGUAGAUUUAGCUGCGGAACAGUGUAAUGUACAAAUAAGUGAAAUAAGAAAAUUAGAAGUGGUUGAAGAACCCUUACAAUCAGGCAUGAGUGAAAUUCAACGAAAAGAAAAAGGAACGGUUUAUAAUAUAUCAAAACAAGAUUGUGCACCAAUGACAGUUUUAGAUCCAAAUCAGGACACUACAAAUAUUUCAAAUAUAGAAAAUUGCAAAGUACCUGUAAAAAUAAACAAUGAAAGUUUGAAUAAGAAUAAUACUCAUACCAUUUUGCGGAAUAACAAUGCCCUUCAGCAAGAAAAUAUUCAUUUUCCAAAUCUAGAACGUUCAAUAAACUUUCAAGAUGCCCUCGAAAGUGAUACAAAAUGUAAAAAUGAAGAUUCAGCCGCAGAACAAUGUAAUGUACAAACAAGUGAAAUAAGAAAAUUAGGAAUGGUAGAACAAUCCUCACAAUCAGGUAUAAGUGAAAUUCAGACGACUAAAGAAAUGACAUAUCAAAACCCAUGCCAGAAUAACGUAAUUGAAUUAAAAAAAAUAAAUAAAAGCUCAAGGAAAUGGAAGGUUCGUAAAACUGCUAAGAAGAAAGUUUUGAAAUCCAGAGCAAAUUUACUGACACUAAAAAAGUUUCAAGCGAAAAAACUGAAGUACAAAAGCGUUUAUAAAUUUUGGUGGACAUCAAAGUAUCUAAAAAGAAAAUAUGCAUUUUCUGUGAUCAGAAUGAGUCAUGCAAGAACAAUAAGAUCGUAACAAUGAAAUAUAAGUAUCAAAACAAAUGAUACUACAAACAUAUUUAUACUUUAAGUUUUAUGUGUAUCGUUCGUUAUUUAUUCAGUUAAACGUUGAAUUACACAAUUUAUUUUGAUGAUAUGACGACUAUUUAAAAAAUUCUAUCUGAGAUAAUAAUAAAAUCAACACAAUGUCGAUAUUUAAUUUCGUAGCGAAACGAUAGGCAAUAGGUCUCUGUUCGCAAGUUCGUAUAGGUUUCUUCUUCCGGCAGUAAAGUUUUGUUUACUAAAAUGUGAAAUUUGAAGAAAAGUAAUGUUUUUAUAUUUCCGAGUAAUAGCGUAAUGUUUGUUCAACGUAUAUCAAUGUCAGUCUUCUUUUGCAAGCUGCUCUUUGAGCUUUGAUCUUCUCGUUCGAAGACGUAGGGCUUGCUCAGUUACGAGCUUACUUUGCAUCAUUGCAAACAUCGCGGAAAAGAUCUGCUCGUUGAGCUUGCAUCAGUUACAACGCACGUCGGCAAAGUAUCUAAGUAAAUGUCGCCGAGCUUUGAGCUUGCGCGCGAUGAUCCGCUGAACACUUUUGUCGUCAGACAGCACUCUGAACCGAAAGUAAUGAUUUUACGUGCUCCGUAUUCAUGUUAUAUUCGCUCUUAUGCUACUUCUUCGCUCAGUUCCGUUGGUUGAUUGCUUCGUUCUAAUGUAGUUCUUAUAUAAAAGUUUAGUGUGGAGUUUUGCUAUUUUGGACAUUAUUUAUUACUCGAACGCGAUUAUAGACCAAUACAGUGUUUCGUAAAUGAUUUGAUAGUUUUUUAAAGUUCAUAUUUUAAUAAUUAAGUAAUUUAUUAUCAUCGAAAUAAUGUUUGAAUUCCUUGUUUGGGAAAAGAGAAGGGUUUAUUCUUACAAUGACUGGUGAUGUUUAGAACUGAAGAACGUUGAUGCACCAUACAUGUAUAUUAUCUUUGCACUUGCGUUAUUUGGUCUCGAUGCAUAAAAUUACGAGUUUGGCUUUAUAUCAAAGUAUGCACGUAAAAGUUCUGAUAGAAGCCAUGCGUGUGGUUUGCUUGCAUGAAAUGGCCCCGAUUGGCUGUAAGCUGCUCAAAUUUACGCUCGGUAAAUUACGUAAUUAUAACAUGGUGACAGCACUUGCUUGGUUGAGAGAAAACGCUCCCAUAACCGGGCUGUACUCCGCCGAGAAUGUUGUGACACCUGACGCGACCUGACCUACUUUUUUCGUUUAGUAGGCUCGUAAGAGUCAGAAAGAGAGAACCACGAUUCAGCCAAUCGACCACUGAAAUGCCUCUAGGCUUGCUUAAAUAGCGACUUUGAAAUGAUGUAUAAACGACCGUACUGAUCAGAAUCGCGAGAUUUAGAUUACAAACGUGUUAACAUUAAUAAAAUGGUGAUUUCGGUUCAAUUUCGAAAAAAAUUUUUAUUUAGUCAGUUCAAAAUCUUUAAGUUCUCUAAUAAAAAUAUGCCAAUUUCACCUAUCAUUCAACAUUUUGAACUACUUCUAACUAAAAAAACUUGCGAAAAUAAUUUGUCGUUAUCUAUAACAUCUAUUGUCAGUAAUGUUUUGAUCAUGUAUGAUCUAUAAUUUAGGCAAAACAUUGAAGAAAAGUCGUGACAAAUAUUUUUCAUUCGUGGUAUAUAAAUAGACGUUAGAUCGACACCUUAAUAGUCGUGGCAAUUUAAUUCUUGCAAAAAAACGAAAGUCAAAGACGUGCAUUACAAAAUCGCCAGGUGCAUGCUACUGUUUGUGAUUCAAAAUGUAUGGUAUGAAAGUCGCUCAUACACUUGUACAGUGAUUGUGGUUACAUUUAUAAAUCGUGGUAAUGUCUAAUCUUAUGUAUUUUAUGCUAAAAUGUCUAAAAAAUUAAUUUUCUACUCAUUUACAUCCAAUUAUCAUUCAUUUAUUUUUUUCAGUCACAAUUCUCUUUGGACAUAUAUUUUCUAUAUUCUAAUCAUUCACAAAAUAUAUCGUUCACACUUAAAAUAAAUG